AUGCCGUUGAGAAAGGCCAUUAAGAGGACAAGGACAGGUUGCAUCACGUGCCGUUUGUCAAAAAAAAAAUGUGACGAAAUACGACCAAAUUGUUCCACAUGUGCAAGAAAAGGAGUGAGUUGUGUGUGGCCAGAAGAACCGUCUCAAACCCUCAAUCAAUAUAUUAGCAAAAAGGGUACAGAUGAAUUUCAUGAUCAUAUUUCAAAAAGGGGCAGAAGAACCAGAAGAGGAUGCAACCAGUGCAAAAAGAUCAAAAAGAAGUGCGAUGAGACGAAACCUUGGUGUACAAGAUGUGUGAAAAAGGGUGUAACGUGCACAUGGCAAGAGCAGAAGGACGGCGGCGAGCCAAGCAGUGAUGCAGCAGAAUUGCUUUUCUCUGUUUCAGAAGAUGAAAGCGAUUUGAAUGCUACAGAAACAUGUUCGUUGAUCAGAACUCCGGAUAAUAACUACAUGCCUUUCAACGACGUCAAGAUAAGAAUAAAUGACGAAAGCUCGCAGAUCUUUUUGUUCAAGAUUUUCUUCAAUAACAUAAUAGACGGGCUUAUUCCGCAGAAAUCUCUGCAGUCUCUUUCUGACCUAACUUUUGAAUCCCUUAAGAACAGUCCCGAGUUUAGGAAUGUGGUUGCUUCCCUAUCAGCCGCAUUUGUGUACACCGUCGACGAUUCCAAAAGAAACCUUGUUGAGAGCAUGCACGAUGAAGCACUGUUGACGGUGAUGAACUUGCAAACGAACGACGUGACUAUAGAAGCAAAACUACACUCUUUGGAUUUUUGUAUCUUACGAGCAUUAUACACAAAAACAAACAACAAAGAGUUGCUAAGAUACCUAAACAUGGCAUUGGACUUAACGCUGCAGUACACUCCAAGAACGCCCAACUUGACAUUCAAGGUCAUUGUGGAGAGUCUUAUCUACCACUUUUCCGUCUCUCGCAUCGUUGUACCGGUAGAAGCCUUGGAUUUACGAAAUCCAUUUAUCAUAUGUGGCGCACUGCGACAUUACUUCCCACAAUACCCGGAUUCACAAUCCAACCCGUUGCUAGGAUCGGCACUAGACAUUUUUAUUUCGGUGGCGAAAGUGUCCUACGUUUUCAAAAAGCAAGACGUUUCAUUUGAAAUACAGCGGUUGCUGCUGGAGGAGAUUGAAUGCCUGAUGGCGCUUCAGCCAAUGCGGGCUGCACCCUUUGCAGUGGCUGACUCGUUUGAAGAGAAUGACAGUAUUCUUGUUUCAAUUCCAAGUGCCAAGUAUAUCACCUUGUUGUCGUGCAAAUUGCUACUACUGCACAUCCUGCCGGAGACAGUGGCGGGUGAAUUUGAUGCAAUUGUGCGGGACACGAUUUCUGUGCUGAAACGUUCACGGGCGUAUAGCUGCGAGGUUGAAAUUUGCGGAUUAUGGGGCAUGUUCAUGUUGGGCAUAAAUUUAAAGAACACGGAGGACCAGGAGUUUAUGGCAGAGUAUUUCACUCAACUCUGGGAGAAGUCCCACAACUUGGGCUACUUAAAAUCGAUCUCGCAUAUGCGAUACGCUUGGGAGAAGGAUGUUGGGUUCGAGAUUUUGAGAGACAAAAACUUCUCGCAAGACUUGUGUUUGAACUAA